AUGGGCCCCAAGCAGGAACUCAUCGUUUACAUACAUUCCAUCGUCCUCGAGAAGCCGUCUGUCCUGAUUAUGACGAGGGAGCAACUUGAAGACGCCGUCGCAGCCGACCCGGCCCUCCGCCUGUCGCACAAGGAGAUUCCGCGUGGCCACCGCCAAAUCGAGAUCUUCGGUCUGGAUCUGAUUCCGGAGGCGGAGCGCGAGAAGUGCGCCGACUACCCCAACAUGGGCUCCUCGAUCGCAGCCGUCACUCUGCCCAACCGAGUUUGGCUGCAGCGUCAGAUGGCCAACCAGUUCACUGAGCUCUACAUCCUCUCGGUAAGCGACCUACCACCGUCUCAGUCUAUGCGUGGGUGUGAUGGAAGCGAUGCGGGACGUGGCGUUCGGAAGCCUGAGACGGGUACAGAGUCUCUGAGAUGCGACGCUCCUACACCCAAGAAGACGAGGGCAUGGAAGGCACGGGGUCCACAGUCCAGUCCUGGAUUUCUGUGA